AGUGUUUUAUUCUCCUCCUGAAUUUCGUCUUCAAACAGUUUGAAUAAACUUAUUUCAUAUCAAUCACUGAAUCCCCAAAAACUGACCCUUGACCCUUUUUCCCAAAACCCCCGGAUCACCGGCCUCCGCCAUGGGAACUCGCCGGAAAUUCCAGCGGCGGCUCCGGCCGGUUCAAUGCACUCGACAAUCACGAAGAAGUUGAGAAGGGGGGGAAAGAAAAUGAAGCCUAGAUCCUGAAAAAGAAACAGGUUGUUCGAAAAUUGUUGAAAAUUCGAAGUUUUUUAUUGGUGGGGGGGCGGCAAUGGCGGCUACGAACGCGUCUACAACAGCAGCAGCAACGGCAGCGGCUCCGGCUGUGGAGAGUGGGAGUUCUUCAGCAGAUGAGGUGACUGCAAAAGCCGUACAGAAGCGAUACGAAGGACUGGUAAUGGUACGGACGAAGGCUAUAAAGGGUAAAGGGGCUUGGUACUGGGCUCACCUCGAACCCAUCCUCGUCCAUAAUACUGACACUGGUUUGCCCAAAGCCGUUAAACUCAGGUGUUCUUUAUGCGACGCCGUUUUCUCUGCCUCAAACCCUUCUCGAACCGCCUCCGAGCAUCUCAAACGCGGCACUUGCCCCAAUUUCAACUCCCUCCCUAAACCCAUUUCCUCUGUUUCCCCUUCUUCCUUUCUUCCUCCAACUCCCACUUCUCCACCGCCUCUUCACCAUUCUAAUAACCGCAAACGGACCUCCUCCGCUGUCGCCGCCUCUGCCGGCGACCGCGCCGGAGGUGGCGGGUCUUCUUACCAAGUCCCACCUCUUGCGAUUGUGGAUCCUUCACGGUUCUGUGGGGAACUGACGUAUUCACCGUCGGUGGGGGUGAGCGGUGGCGGCGGCGGUGGGGGCUUAUUGGGGCAGCAGCCGCAUUUGAUGCUAUCAGGGGGGAAGGAGGACUUGGGAGCUUUGGCUAUGUUGGAGGACAGUGUGAAAAAGUUAAAGAGUCCAAAAACUUCACCUGGGCCAACGCUGAGCAAGACGCAGAUUGAUUGUGCAAUUGAUUUUCUUGCCGAUUGGGUCUAUGAAUCCGGUGGCUCUGUGUCGUUUUCGAGCUUGGAACAUCCUAAAUUCAGGGCGUUUCUUAACCAAGUUGGACUACCUGCAAUCUCUCGCCGGGAUUUUACAAAUUCCCGACUGAAUUCGAAGUUCGAGGAAGCUAAAGCAGAGUCUGAAGUUAAGAUUCGAGAUGCUAUGUUUUUUCAGCUCGCCUCCGAUGGGUGGAAGGACAAAAACUACGCCGUUUUUGGCAUUGAUAAGCUUGUGAAUCUCACUGUGAAUCUCCCCAAUGGGACUAGCUUGUACCGGCGGGCUGUGUUUGUGAGUGGCUCUGUUCCUUCUUCGUAUGCUCAGGAAAUUUUGUGGGAAACCGUCGCUGAUAUCAGUGGGAAUGUUGUUCAACAGUGUGUUGGGAUUGUAGCAGACAAGUUCAAGGCUAAGGCAUUGAAGAAUUUGGAGAAUCAAAAUAACUGGAUGGUUAAUCUCUCUUGUCAGUUUCAGGGUUUUUCCAGUUUGGUUAAGGAUUUCAGCAAACAGCUCCCAUUGUUCAGUACUGUCACUGAGCAUUGUAUGAAGCUUGCUAAUUUCGUUAAUUACAAGUCUCAGAUUCGUAAUUGUUUCCAUAAAGUUCAGCUGCAAGAGUACGGUAAUGCCAUGUUACUCCGAGUGCCAACCCGUAACCACGAGAAGCUCAACUUUGGGCCUGUCUUCACGUUAAUGGAAGACAUUCUCAGCUUCUCUCGAGCUCUGCAGCUGGUUGUGCUUGAUGAGACCUGGAAAAUCGCUUCGGUGGACGACCCGAUAGCGAGAGAAGUUGCAGAGUUGAUUGGGGAUGUGGGAUUUUGGAAUGAAUUGGAGGCAGUUCACUCUUUGGUUAAAUUAAUAACAGACAUGGCUGUUGAGAUUGAGAAAGAGAGGCCACUAGUUGGGCAAUGCCUUCCAUUGUGGGAUCAACUGAGGGGGAAAGUCAAAGAUUGGUGUUUAAAAUUUCAGAUUGCUGAAGGUCCUGUUGAGAAAGUGAUUGAAAAGAGGUUCAAAAAGAACUACCACCCGGCUUGGGCUGCUUCGUUUAUCCUCGAUCCGUUGUAUUUGAUAAGGGACACAAGCGGGAAGUAUCUCCCACCAUUCAAAUGCCUGACUCCUGAUCAAGAGAAAGAUGUGGAUAAACUCAUAACCCGGCUCGUGUCGAGGGAGGAAGCUCACAUUGCAUUAAUGGAGCUUAUGAAAUGGAGGACAGAAGGGCUUGAUCCAGUUUAUGCAAGAGCUGUACAAAUGAAAGAAAGAGACCCUAUAACUGGGAAGAUGAGAGUUGCUAAUCCACAAAGCAGUAGACUUGUUUGGGAAACUUAUCUUACAGAAUUCAAGUCCUUAGGCAAAGUUGCAGUGAGACUCAUAUUCCUUCAUGCCACUUCCUGUGGUUUCAAAUGCAAUUGGUCUUUGUUGAGAUGGGUGUCUUCUCAUACUCACCAAAAGGCUGGUAUGGAUAGGGCGCAGAAGUUGAUAUUCAUUUCAGCUCAUUCGAAGCUUGAACGGAGGGAUUUUUCCACCGACGAAGACAAGGAUGCCGAGCUAUUCUCCCUAGCCAAUGGUGAGGAUGAUGUGCUUAAUGAAGUCUUUGCCGAUACAUCCUCGGUGUAACGGUUUUCAAUAUAUAUUUUUUUCCCCAAUCUAAAUUUUUAGAUUCUUAGGAUUUAUUGAAUUCUUUUCACCAUUUUUCUCCUUUGAUUUGUACCAAAAUUUAUUUCACCUUCCUUAGAAGAUUUUGGGGGAUGUAGGGUGGAAGAAACAGGGUUGUUCAUAUGAGAUUUGACUUUUGUAUUCCUCUCGAAAUGCAUUGCGCCCUCGUGACUUCGGCGAUUGCUUGGCUUAUCCUUAUUGUUCUUCUAUUUCUUCUCCAUGUCAGUUCAGUUUGCAAAAAAGGGUAGAAAAGCUUCCAUAUUGGAGAAUGAUGGUUUAAGAAAGCCACAAACAACAUUAGAUCUCUGUAAACUCUUUUACUAGUUUAGCAUUGUUGUCAAUACUUAUUACUGAAAAGGAAUCUCUUUUUUCAUUUUUCAUUAAGAACGUUCCUCAUUUUUCUUAGAAACAUCGUCAUGUGAACUUUAGAAUAGCCAUUUCUUGCUUCUCCAAUCUUUUGGCUUAGCAAGGUUUUAUAGUAUAUGAAUAGGGUUCUAAGAUUCUGUUUCAAAUUUUCCUCACAGUUAAAUCGAACGCGCUGCUUCAAACUGCUAUUCGACGUUGUUCGCUCCGUCUGUCCGUCCUAUCUUUUAUAUUCCUUAAGUAAUAAGCAUUACUGUCAGUACAGUUUUUUAUGUCUGGUCCUUUUUUGUAGAUAGGAAAAUGAUUAAAGGCAGAUUCGUUUGAAAUUGUUAAAUUUAUAUCAUGAGAAAUUAUAUCGGGCCCAUUCCAUCACAAUCUCCUAUUGCUGAAG